ACACAAUCUCCUUGCAUCCCAGUCACAGAGGACCACGGCUCUUCUAACAGUGUCGCAUAUAACUGAGGACACAUCCAGGCGCCUCAUCCACCUCGCCGACAUCCUAACGGCAGCACAAAGGUCCCUUCUUUCAGACCAGCCGGCUGUACAUGGAGACCCCCAGUUGGGCAGAAACCAAGCCAGGAAGUGGUCUGUGCAAACCAGGAAGCAUCGCUCUGUUUGGAAACGUGGUGUACAGCGGGCUGCUCAACGAGCACUUCUGGCACUUCGGGGUUCCCCUCGUCACCAGACUGGGUAACCAAGAGGCCCCAGCUCCCCCUGAAGCCAUGGCCCAACCCUUCCCACCGGCCCAGUACCCCCCUCCACCACAGAACGGGAUCCCUGCUGAGUACGCCACGCCCCAUACCCACCAACCGGCCGACUACACGGGACCAAGCACGGUGGCCGAGCACGCCCUGACACUGUACACGCCGACACACACACACAGCGAACAGCCGGGAAAUGACAGCAACACCCCCGCCCUCACAGCCAACACAGUAACGCAGGCCGAGGAGGCUGUACAGACAGAGGGCUCCCAGCAGCUCCACCUGCAGCCCAACGACUCGUCCGGGAAGCAGCAGCCCAAGAGGUUACACGUCUCCAACAUCCCCUUCCGCUUCCGAGAUCCUGACCUCCGGCAAAUGUUCGGGCAAUUUGGCAAGAUUUUAGACGUGGAGAUUAUUUUUAACGAGCGAGGCUCCAAGGGCUUUGGGUUUGUAACAUUUGAAACGAGUGCAGAUGCUGAUCGUGCACGGGAGAAACUAAAUGGUACAAUCGUAGAAGGACGGAAAAUAGAGGUCAACAACGCCACAGCCAGAGUAAUGACCAACAAAAAGGUGGCGAACCCUUACACAAACGGCUGGAAGCUGAAUCCAGUGGUUGGAGCAGUAUAUGGACCCGAAUUUUAUGCAGUUACAGGCUUUCCAUACCCCAGCACAGGAGCAGCCAUGGCCUACAGAGGGGCCCAUUUGAGAGGGAGGGGUCGGGCCGUCUACAACACGUUCCGCGCCGCACCUCCUCCUCCACCCAUCCCUGCCUACGGAGCUGUGGUCUACCAGGAUGGUUUUUAUGGUGCAGAAAUAUAUGGAGGGUACGCAGCUUACAGAUAUGCCCAGCCAGCUGGUACCGCUGCAGCUGCGUACAGCGACAGUUACGGCAGAGUCUAUGCAACAGCAGACCCGUAUCACCAUACGAUUGGUCCUGCAGCCACUUACAGUGUGGGCACUAUGGCUAGCCUUUACAGAGGAGGGUGCAGUCGCUUCACUCCCUACUAG